AACAGCUGGAAAUCCUUUUAUAGUUUGGAUGAAGAAACAGUUAGGCAAUAUACUUUAGACAAAUUUGAAAGAGGGAAAAUACCGGAAAUUGCACCUCCGAUAAAAAUCUGCUAAUGGUGUAGGUGUCUCUUAUUAUUUCAUUAUGUUUGAUCCAAUCUGCUUUUCUGUGCACUUUUCUGGAAAUUCUUUGCACAUAAUGCUCUUUCCCUAGUAAUACCAGAUACACAUAUGUUUUAUUUUCGGGCCAUAUUCGCUGAAACGCCCUGAUGGCGCUAGGCCAGGGGCUGCCAUCGUGUCCAAAAACUCUGCCAUCGUAUCGAAUGAAGUUCUGCAAAAACUGGGCCCUAAAGGACAACCCUUUGGCACAGUUUUUUUGCAUCGCUUAUUUCCAGAGUGGAUGCACUUUUCAAACACUGAGAAACACCACCCUAGACUUUUCCGCACGUGACUCCCAUAAAAUUUUUUCCUUUUUUCUGAUCAAUAGCUUGAUCAAUUGUGCUGUGCCAUGCUUUGCGAGACAACUAUUUAAUCAGUUAUUGGUAUCAUUGGUGCUGCUAUCAAAUAUUUGGUUUUGCUUCUACAUCGUUGGUAAUAUGUUGUAGUGAUCAAUUAAAACAUUGAUUUGAACCGGAGAUUCCUAAUCUUAAUUGCUAAUAACCA